AUGGAUGAAGAUGAGUUUGAAUUGACCAAACAAGAAGAAAACCCAUUUUAUGAUGGAAUAGGAGAUGAUACAAUACACAUGGAUGGUGAUCAGUAUAUUUUGGAAGUACAAGAAACUGUUUUUUUAUCCAAUUCAGAUGUAACUGUUCAAAAUUUUUUUCCUGAUGAGCCAGACUCAAUUAUAAUCCAAGAUGGUAUUGAAAACUUUGUUAUUGAAGAUGUUUGUUAUUCACCUAUUUUAGAGGAAACAGAUAUAUGUGAUAACAUUAUCAUUCCUGAGCAAGUGCUUGAUUUAGAUAUAACUGAAGAAUUGUCUUUAGCACAGUUCCAAGUUCCAGACAUUUUAGGUUCUAGUAUUACAUCAACCUCAUUGAUUAUGCCUGAACAUGUGUUGAUGAGUGAAGCUUUGCACAUGUCUGACGUGGAACAUAUUGAGCAUGUGAUUCAUGAUAGCGUAGUAGAAGCAGAAGUCAUCAGUGAUCCUCUGACAGCUGACAUUUCAGAAAUAUUAGUAGCAGAUUGUGCUUCUGAAGCAGUCUUAGAUUCCAAUGGUAUACCUUUGGAGCAGCAAGAUAACAUCCAAGUCAACUGUGAGUACUAUUUUAUAAUUUUUUUGGAUGACACUGACAAAACAGAUCCUGAAGAUUCAACUGAAGUUAGCAUUCAUGCAGAGCCAGAAACUGAUCCUUGUACAUUGGAUGACACAUGUCCUGAAGUUAUCAAGGUGUACAUUUUAAAAGCUGACCCCAGAGAAGAUGACCUAGGACAAACUAGAGACAUAUCAGAGAGUGAGACUAAAAAUGACGAUGGAAAUGAACUACAUGAUCAGAACAGUAGUAUUCAUGUUCCCAAAGACAAAAUGGUUCAUAUGACUGUCAAUGACCCUCAGCAGGAAGAGAAAGAUUAUAAUGUUGCUGAAAUAACAAAUGAGGUUUAUAUGGAAGUGAUUGUUGGAGAUGAUGACACUGGUGGCACAGCAGCAGCUACUACUGUGCAUGAACAACAACAGAUGGAUGAUAGUGAUAUGAAGUCGGCUUUCUUGCCUAGUGCAUGGACAGCAGCCUAUGGUAAUAAUUCUGAUGAAACUGAAAACCAGAAUGUCACUGCAAGUGCUGUCCUGCACCUAGAUGAGUCACGUGACCUUGACACACUGCCUAAACGAAAACCAAAGAAACAGAGAAGACCUGAAUCCAGGCACUAUCCACCUGCAAUAAUUGUUGGUCCUGAUGGACAACCCUUAGCUGUCUACCCUUGCGUGUUUUGUGGAAAGAAAUUUAAGUCAAAAAGUUUCUUGAAAAGUCAUGUGAAAAACCAUCCUGAACACCUUGCUAAUAAAAAAUACCACUGUACUGACUGUGAUUACAGUACCAAGAAGAAGAUAAGUUUUCAUAAUCACAUUGAGAGCCACCAGCUGGCCAGUAAGACAGGAAAGGACACAGAAUGUGAUGAGUCUGGGAACCAUUUGUCUCAUGCUGGGGCUUUGUGUUCUCAGCAAACAAUGCAUGGAGAAAAAGAAGCCAGCAAAACGUACAAGUGUAAGUUCUGUGAAUAUAAAACAUAUGAACAGCCAUUAUUGAAUCACCACCUUUUGGCAGUCCACAGCAAGAAAUUUCCUCAUGUUUGUGUAGAGUGUGGUAAAGGUUUUCGUCACCCAUCAGAGCUCAGAAAGCACAUACGAAUUCAUACUGGAGAGAAACCUUAUGGAUGCCAGUAUUGUGAGUACAGGUCUGCAGACUCUUCUAACCUGAAAACACAUAUAAAAACUAAGCACAGUAAAGAGAUACCAUUGAAGUGUGACACCUGUGUCCUGACUUUCUCAGAUACCAAAGAGGCACAACAACAUGCUCUAAUGCACCAAGAAAGCAAAACGUACCAGUGUUUGCAUUGUAGCCAUAAGAGUUCAAACUCAAGUGAUUUGAAGCGGCACAUAAUUUCAGUUCACACAAAAGACUACCCUCAUAAGUGUGAGUUGUGCAGCAAAGGGUUUCAUAGGCCUUCAGAACUCAGAAAGCAUGCGGCUACCCACAAAAGUAAAAAAAUGCACCAAUGUAGACACUGUGACUUUAAGGGUCCGGAUCCAUUUGUGUUAAGUCACCAUAUUCUCUCAGUUCACACAGUGAAUGUUCCAUUUAAGUGUAAGAGAUGUAAAAGGGGAUUUCAACAACAGGGUGAGCUUCAAAAUCAUAUGAAGACACACAGUGGCCGGAAAGUAUAUCAGUGUGAGUACUGUGAAUAUAGCACUACAGAUGCCUCAGGCUUUAAGCGACAUGUUAUCUCCAUUCAUACCAAAGACUAUCCUCACUGCUGUGAGUACUGCAAGAAAGGAUUCCGGAGACCCUCAGAAAAGAAUCGGCAUAUAUUGCGACAUCAUAAGGAAGUUAACCUGCCCUAA